AUGUCGUGGGUGGGGGCGAUGCUGAUCGCCGUGCUGGCUAUAUUGGUGCAGCUUGCGUCAUCCCACACGAUUGAUUUGCAUCCUGACAGCGAGUAUUGCUUUUAUGAAGACAUGCAUGUGGGAGACGAGAUGACGCUGACAUACCAGGUGUCUGGGGGUGGACACCUGGAUAUUGAUACCACGGUCAGGGAUCCGUCCGGACGUCUCUUGUUUGAACAGAAGCACAAAGACACAGGCACAUACGACUUUGUUGCGGACACUGAUGGCCGGCAUCAAUACUGCUUUAGCAAUAAGUUCUCCGUUGUGACGGACAAGACCCUCAGCUUCAACGUGCACGGCGUAUUAUACCUAACAGAAGAAGAAGGUCUGAUCCCCGCUGAGCGAGAGCUUCGUGACCUUGCCAAUAAUAUUCAGCUGUUCAAGGAUGAACAGGAAUACCUUUCCAUGCGUGAGCGUGUCCACCGAAAUACAGCAGAGAGCACCAACUCUCGUGUCAAAUGGUGGUCCAUCUUGCAAACGUUGCUGAUCGUGGCUGUCGUGGCCUUCCAGGUCUACUUUGUGAAAAGACAAUUCGAGGUUCGCCGCGCCAUUUAA